CCAGCCCCAGCCCAAGCUCCUGCCCCAGCUCCAGUUCUAUCCCCAGCUCCAGCUCCAGUUCUAUCCCCAGCACCAGCUCCAUCCCCAGCUCUAGCCCCAGCCCCAGCCCAAGCUCCUGCCCCAGCUCCAGUUCUAUCCCCAGCUCCAGCUCCAGUUCUAUCCCCAGCACCAGCUCCAUCCCCAGCUCUAGCCCCAGACCCAGCCCAAGCUCCUGCCCCAGCUCCAGUUCCAUCCCCAUCUCCAGCUCUAGCUCCAGCUCCAGCUCCAGCUCCAGCUCCAUCCCCAGCUCUAGCCCCAGACCCAGCCCAAGCUCCUGCCCCAGCUCCAGUUCCAUCCCCAUCUCCAGCUCUAGCUCCAGCUCCAGCUCCAUCUCCAGCCCCAGCUCUAGCCCCAUCUCCAGCUCUAGCUCCAGCUCCAGCUCCAGCCCCAGCUCUAGCCCCAUCUCCAGCUCUAGCUCCAGCUCCAGCUCCAGCUCCAGCCCCAGCUCUAGCCCCAGACCCAGCUCUAGCUCCAGCUCCAGCUCCAGCUCCAGACCCAGCUCUAGCUCUAGCUCCAGCUCCAGCCCCAGCUCUAGCUCCAGCUCCAGCCCCAGCUCCAGCUCCAGCCCCAGCUCUAACUCCAGCUCCAGCCCCAGCUCUAGCUCCAGCCCCAGCUCUAGCUCCAGCUCCAAGCUGUGAGCCACAGACUUUACAGACUGACAACGUAGAGAAGGGCUGUGAGUCACAGACUUUACAGGCUGACAACGUAGAGAAGGGCUGUGAGCCACAGACUUUACAGGCUGACAACGUAGAGAAGAACUGUGAGACACAGACUUUACAGGCUGACAACGUAGAGAAGAACUGUGAGACACAGACUUUACAGGCUGACAACGUAGAGAAGAGCUGUGAGCCACAGACUUUACAGACUGACAACGUAGAGAAGAGCUGUGAGCCACAGACUUUACAGGCUGACAACGAGAGAAGAACUACUUUACAGGCUGACAACGUAGAGAAGAGCUGUGAGCCACAGACUUUACAGGCUGACAACGUAGAGAAGAGCUGUGAGACACAGACUUUACAGGCUGACAACGUAGAGAAGAGCUGUGAGACACAGACUUUACAGGCUGACAACGUAGAGAAGAGCUGUGAGCCACAGACUUUACAGGCUGACAACGUAGAGAAGAGCUGUGAGCCACAGACUUUACAGGCUGACAACGUAGAGAAGAGCUAUGAGACACAGACUUUACAGGCUGACAAUGUAGAGAAGAGCUGUGAGACACAGACUUUACAGGCUGACAACGCAGAGAAGAGCUGUGAGACACAGACUUUACAGGCUGACAACGUAGAGAAGAACUGUGAGACAGACUUUACAGGCUGA